GGUGCUGUGAAGCCACAGUGCUGCGUUGACAUCGUGAUCCGUCACCGGGAUGUGCGUGCCUGUCACUACGGUGUGAUAGACAAGUUCCGGCUGCAGGUGUCGGAGCAGAGCCAGCGCAAGGCCCUGGGGAGGAAGGAGGUGAUUGCUACUCUGCUGCCCUCCACACAGGAGCCCCGGCAGCAGAAACAGCAGGAGGAGAAGAGGAUCAAAGAGCACCUGGCAGAGAGCGUCUUCUUUGAGCAAGCCUCCUUCCAGCAAGAAAGCAGAGCAGCCUCUGCAGGGCCCAGCCUCCUCACUGUGUUCCUGGGCCUGGUGUGCGUGGCUGCCCUCAUGCUGCCCACACUGGGUGAACUUGAGUCCAGAGUGCCGGUCUACCUCCAUUUAAGUGUUAACAAGAAACUAGUCGCUGCUUAUGUAUUAGGUCUUGUCACAAUGGUUAUUCUCCGGACAUGAAGUGCCCCGGGUUCGAGUAGCCUUGUGAAUGGACUUGGGAGAAGCGCACUGCAGACACGCGGAGUGGAAACUGACCCGGGAGGGGGGCAGGGAAGUCAUUUCAUAAUAAAUCACGUGAUUAAACUGUUACAGCGACACAGAGAAGGGAAUGCAUCACGCGACGUUCUAGCAGGACGGGCUGAAACCACAGUGCUUCUCCAAGCAGGGGGCUGUCCGGGGAGAGGGAGGGGGAAGGGGGUCCCGAUUCACGGUCAACACUGCAGGGUUUUCUAUUGAAAAACUGAAACAUUUUAUUAAAGUGUCAUUCAAAUGUAACCCCUUGGCUGCCUUCUUGUUAUUUUUUGGUUGCUCCGUUUCCAUUAACGGGUCAAUCCCACCCCGAUAAAGUCCCAGCUUCUUUCUUUAAACACAUUUGAUCUGCACAUCAGUAACCUCCUUAUAUGAGAGGCGCCUAUUACCAGAUUCACCGACCACAGCAACAGCUUUAAUACACAGAUCGGAUA